GGUUGGGAGUCGCAGGCUUCUCCCAUUCAUUUAUGAACAGGGUUGCGCGCGUAGAAGUUGGUCAGUAGCUUCUGGGCAGAGAUGGACACGUCGCAGCAGCAGGACAGUAAGGACUCCGUGGAAUUGUUGGAGGAAGUGGAGCUGCACAUUGAUAAUGCUGCAUUUUCCUUGACCAAACUCUUGGAGGCUACAUCAGCUGUAUCUGCCCAGGUGGAAGAACUGGCAAACAAAUGCACAGAAAAUGCCCAGUUCUUAAAGGCAUGGCGAGAUCUUUUGAGAGAAGGUUAUCAGUCCUUGCAACUCGACAACUAACGUUAAAGAUGCUGGAGCUGCUUGAUUUCCAUCACAAUUGUGUUAAGACAAACCUUCUAAAGAAAUAUGUCAGCAUGCCAUUUUUGAAGAUUUAUUUUACAAAGGUUGCAUUAAGCUUUACACAAGCCACAGACUCUAAGCCAUCCAGCUUUGCAUUUGCUUAAACUCAUGGCUGUCUUCUAAAGAUUAUUUAUUGUCAUGUCCUUCUAAUCACACAACCAUCAGUCAAAGCUUCCGUCAUCUUCAAGGAUUUAAAAGUAGUUUGUACUGAAAUUUCUUGUUGGUAAUUUUUUUAUGACUCUAUUAUUCAGCUGAGACCUUUGCUAUAUAGUUAACUGUCUAUCUCCCUUUUAUUUAUUCAGUCCCUGUCAGGGCAAAUUAGAUUAAAAAAAAAAAAAAUCCUUAAUUCAAAAGCUAGAAUGUUUUUAAGACGACCUGCCAUGGUGACAUUAAAAAACUUGGAUGUUCUUUCUGGAGAUAAUGGAAAGAUGUCUUCAAUCCAAAAGUGACAUUUUUGUUCGGUUUUCUGCAUGGAAGAUUAAUAACAGUAAUUGGAACACCGUUCCCUUCAGUCUCACAGAAAUUGAUUUUGUAAAAGAUUUAAUAGUCUAGUUUUGGGCUUGGAUAACGAUUAGAUGUCAAUUUCUCUGUUUCUCUGGUUUAAUGAAAACAAAAUCACAAAAUCAUCAUUCUAUAUUAUAGAAAAAUACAUGUGACAAUUAAGCACACUGUGGAUAUUGAGCUUUUGUCAUGUGAUUCCUGUAAAUGUAGACAAGCACCUACCAAAAAGUUAUAUCUAUGUAAAAUGAGCUUAGAAUGUUUCAAGCUACCAACAUUGGACUCUUUUUAUCCUCAUUUAAAUGAUUAAAUGACACUUGGGCUGCA